AUGGAUUCAACGGCCACUGAGAGGAUUUACGCCCCCCUGAGUCAAGUCGAAGAAUCAACUCAACAGCAGAGAUCAACUGCAACUGUGAACCUCAACAAUCAACGGAUCAGUGCGCAAGAGAACAUCAACGAGAAUCAGAAAUCACCAGCCAUCAACAGUAAUCAACGGCACUCAACGCAACCAUCUGUGCUGCUAGCCACGGCGCUAGUAAAAGCAGCAUCAUCACGAGGAUAUCUGAUCGACGCCAGGGUGCUAACCGAUCAAGGCUCAGAAAUAUCGUUCAUCACCGACAAUCUAAUUCAUCAACUCCACCUGAAACGAGCACAUUCAACGCUCGAACUAAUCGGAAUCGGUGGAACAACUUCAGGGACCACGAGAGGAGUGGUGCCAGUCGUGCUGCACUCAACGAUUGGAAAUCAACAAGUUGAAAUCACCGCACACAUCUUGAAGAAACUCACCACACGACUGCCAUCAUUCUCAUGUUCAACGACGAGGAUCGGCUCACUACAGGAUCUUCAACUAGCCGAUCCAGAUUAUCUAAAGCCUGGACCAAUCGACAUCAUUAUCGGAUCAGACAACUAUGGGCGGAGCAUCAAAGAAAAGGUUAUCAAAUCGACAUCAACUCAACUAGUUGGCCAACAAACAGCAUUUGGUUGGAUAAUAUCAGGUCCAAUCAACUGCCAAGGCUGUUCACCGAGAAUCUCCUUAACUGCAGUACGGAGUUCCGCGAACGAACAGCUACUAGAGCUUCUCCAAAAAUUCUGGGUCCAGGAAGAAAUCAACAAUGCAACGGAGUGUCAUGAGCUAUCACCAGAGGAUCACCAGUGCGAGAUGCACUUUCAAUCGACGCACUCCAGAGACGAGACCGGGCGCUAUGUUGUGAGGCUCCCCCUGAAAACCUCAGCAACAGCCCUCGGUGACUCGAGGCUCAAAGCAACACGUCAACUACACUCGGUAAUGAGACGCCUACAAAAGGAUGAGGCGUACUCAGCCCUGUACAAGGCCUUUAUCAGAGAGUAUCAUCAGUUAAAUCACCUUCAAGAAGCACCAGAGACUCCAGAACCCUCACCAGCCUAUUAUCUACCGCACCACGGGGUUCUGAGAGACGAUGCCAUCACCACGAAACUACGAGUCGUAUUUAACGGCUCCAGCGCGAGCUCAACAGGAAUCUCAUUGAACGACAUUCUCUAUUCUGGAGGAAAACUGCAAGUGGAUGCAGUCAACGUCCUCACAUGGGUGAGGAAACAUUAG